CGCUGGGGUUUGAGCCAAAACGGAACCCCUCCGAUGUAUUUUGUCUUCGUCGCGCGCUUCAAUGGCCGUGCGGUGCGGCGUUCCGAACUGACAGUUGCAUCAGGAAGGAGGAGGUCCAACGCCAUGCAGUAUGAGAUGCUGUCUGUAGCAGUUGAAGCUGUCAAUCGUCCGACCAGCGUGCAAAACCGGACAGUUUCACAGUCUCCCCAAUACAUCAAAGACUCAUGGGUGCCUGUUCAUCCUGUUCCUGCGCAUCUGAUCAUCCAGAGGCUGCCUUCAUCCUACAGGCAAAGAGCAACUGCAGGUAGCUUUGACUGGAGUUGGGUGUGCGAAGGACCGUGUGGAAGAUGUCCUCACUGGUGCCUUGGGCAACAGUGAGAUCAUUCAGUACAAGGACUUCUUGAACUCCAUCCUGCCAGAGGCCCGCUACAACUUGGAAGACCCAAUGUCUUUGCGAAGUUCCUGGAAGAUGCCAACAUCGGCCUUGUUCGUGUUGAGAGUACCUCUAUCAGUUGCUCCGCACGAAGAGAUGGUUGCCUCGCCGGCAAGAGGCUGAGGAUGCCACGUGCGAGAUGUUUGGGCCGCCGCGUGCGAUGAUGAGACCUUCAAGGUCCCCGUGUAUCACGAGCCAAGUGGAACCGUUGUCUUCAUCCCUCUAAGAGACUUGAUGGCGAAUGGUGUCGUCUACAAUGGCCGAGGGUGGUGCAUAGCGGAAAAGGAAUGGUCCGCUGCCAGGAGCGUCUUGGGACAAAAUAUGGUCAUGGAUGGUGAGGCCGAUGAUGAAUCAGGAGACCAGGAGACCAAGAAGGUCCCGACUGCGCCAGAUGGAUUCAUCCGUCAAAUGGAGACUUCCAACUUCACUCACAGGAAUGAUCAGAAAGAUGUGGUCCACCUGCAAGAGAAGAUAUUUUACGAGAAAGUGACGGCGCGAAAGUACCUGAAGUUAAGUGAUUUGACCCAGGCUCACUUGGUGGAGCUCACAGGAUCCCUGCCGCACUACCAGAAUCUCCAGGUCUUAAAGAUCGAACUUUUUACUGGAGAGAAGGAACAGGUCAUUGCUUUCGUUCAGGCUUUGAGCACUCUGCCGUUGCAGAAGCUGCUCCUAAAGAAUCUACGAGGUCCUGAAGGGAUUGGAAAUGUCCUGGCUGAGGCCUUGGCCGCGAUCCUCACAGACCACAGGAGCCUCACUGAAGUGGACCUCUCCUACUGUGAGGUAAGUAACGUUGGUGCUAAGGCCUUGGCCAAAGCAUUGCAGCGCAACACAACCCUAACCGAUCUCAGAUUCUAUGGAUGUGAGAUUGAUGAUUUCGGGGUUGAGGCCUUGGCUGAUGCCAUGCAGCACAACAAGACCCUCACCAAGCUCCACUUCCGCGAUUCUCCGUUUGGCCGUGUUUUUACUCCCGAUGGCAAGGCAUGGAAUCGAAUCAGGGAGCGCCUCAAGGCAAACCGAGAAGCUGCUGUAGAGGCAUUGGCGGAAGCAUUGAAGCACAAUAAGACCCUCCCCAAGCUCGACCUCGCUACUUAUGGAUUUGGUGUUGCUGAAGUUCAGGUUUUGGCCGAAGCGUUGCAGUUCAACACCACCCUCACCAACCUCAACCUUUCUGGACUUCAGAUUGGUGAUGAGAGUGCUGAGGCUUUGGCAGCUGCAUUGCGGCACAACAAGACCCUCACCAAGCUCCACCUCGGUGCAAAUCAGAUUGGUCGCUGGGGCUUUGAGGCAUUGGCGAAUGCCUUGCAGCACAACAAGACCCUCACCAACCUCGACUUCAACCGGGAUCAUUUUGGCCAUUAUGAAAGCCACCCUUACCAGGCAUGGAAUCGAAUCUGGGAGCGCCUCAAGGCAAACCGAGAAGCUGCUGCAGAGGCUUAAACUGCGGGCGGCUCGGGAACCUAUCCGCAGAUGGCCAGUC